AUGAAAGACGGGAGUGAUGAUAUGAUAAGUGAUAAUCUGGCGGGCUUGAAUCAUCAUACGAGUGUUAGUAGAAAGGCAAGAUUUAUGGAUUCCAGAAGUACAACGACGAAAAGGGAUCGACCACUAAGUAGCUAUUUUGAUUCACCGUCAAAUACAAAGCCUAUCGAAGCCUCAGACUAUUUUAGUUUGAAGGGAGAUGGAAUCAAUCAUCUUCAUAUCAAUGAUGAACGUGAAGAUAAAGACGAGGACAGUCAUGAAUUUACUUCUCCACUAGUUAAUAGGAAACCAUUUAGAAAUUUGAGUAAUUUCGUUAACAAUCUCGAAUUCACUGGUAUGAAGAAGAAAUUGGCUUCGUCAAAGAAAAGUUUGACUAGAUCUAUGACUCUGGUAGCCAAAUAUUCUAAUAAGGAACGUGAAAAGAAGGAAGAUGAAGUAGAGAAGAAACUCCAAAAUGAACUGGAUGAUGUUACGAAUAAUGAACCGAAUAUCAUUGGUGGAUCGCCCACCCAGAUGGUUCCUAGAAACAAAAGUAUACGUAGGAUUCAUUCAAUGUGCCAAACCACCAAAGAGAAGGAGACUUACAACAUGGAAGAUAAUUCCCAUUUACCCAAAACUACGAUCAAUACCUUCAAGGUAGAUAACGACUUAUUACCAAGAAUUAAUGAAGAUGAACUAUUCAGAAUUUUAAAUGGGGACUAUAAGGAGGAAUUUGAUGAAUAUGUAGUAAUUGAUUGCAGAUUCAAUUACGAAUACGAUGGAGGUCAUAUAAUGAAUGCAAUUAAUAUCACUUCUCAGCAAGGCUUGGAAGAGAGAUUUAUCAGGAACAAUACCAAUGAUUCUUCGAAAAGACGACUCUACAUUUUUCAUUGUGAGUUUAGUAUUUUUAGGAGUCCAACAAUGGCAUCACAUCUUAGAAAAUGUGAUAGAAUUUUGAAUAGUAAUAAUUAUCCAAAAUUAACUUAUCCUGACAUAGUGGUACUCGAGGGUGGCUAUAAAGGAUUUUACGACAAGUACAAAUCGCAUUGCUAUCCUCAAGCUUAUAUUGAAAUGAAAGAUGUCAACCAUCAAAAAACUUGCGAAUUAGAAAUGGGAAAGGUAAGACAAGCCAACAAGUUGCCCAGGGCUAAGUCUUAUAAUCAUUUCUUGGGAAAUAAUUCUCUUUCAAAUACUCAUAAUAGAUCGAAUUCCUUUACAACAAUAACAUCCCAUGCCGAAAAUUUAAAAAUUUUAAAAAGACAGAGGUCAACUUCAAAAUUCAAUUUGAGCAAUAAUGAUACUGACAAUGAAAUAUCCAUACCAGGUACCCAGGAUUUGCUGGAUAAUAGAUUGACAAGGGCUUCAACAUUUACAUAUACCCCGUCCAUAUUCAAUUCGUCGCCAGCAAAUAGUCCUAACAUCAUGAGCAACCGUGGAAUGGAUAGUGAUUUUCAACCCCCAUCAGCCUUAUUUAAACUGGGUGGCCACCAGAAGUCUUUCUCAAAUUCAUCAAACUUUUCAUCUUCAUCGAUCUCAAUUAAUUCAUCGUCAUCAUCGAUAUGUUCUGACUUAGCAUUUUCAUCCACGGAUUCUUUAACAGAUUCGUAUUCAUCACCAGUUGGUGAAAUGCCAGAGUUUUUCGAACCAAAGGGACAUAAUUUAACAAGCUAUUUGAAGAUGAACACAAAUAAUAGUUUCUACAAUCAUUUGCAUGCGAACAAACCAUCCUUAAUAAAACCAAUAAGCAGAAAACCAUCCGGUCCAAUUCCUCAAUUACCGGCACAGCAAAGAAAUAUAAUAUCAAGUUCCAGUAUCAAUGCAUCUACUACAUCCGAUACGACUAUUGUACAUCAGAAUUCGAAGAAUUUACCAAAUUCAUCCUUCAAAUUUCCACUUUCAUCUAAUUCAAAAAAUAAAGCAUCACGUAAUUUAUCUCGAAUUAAUACUAAUACAAAACAUUUAAGCAAUUCAUCAUUAUCUAAUAUUUUUGCUGUGCCAACUGCAGCAUCAUCUCCUAUAAUGAAUUCCCCAUUAUCGACGGCGACUCCAAUUUCAACCACAGAUUCAUCGAAAAGUCACUUAUCUAUCAUUGAUCCAAUCAAUGAUACUCCUGUUGACUUUUCAGUACCCAGUUCAGCUAAAAGACCUUUUCAUCCAAGAAGGAGAUCAGGCUCGAUUUUAUCAUCAGGUGGAGGAAUACAUAGAUUUCUAGAUUUAGAUAUUGAUGAAGUGGAAGAAGAGGAAGAAGAAAUUACUGAGGAUAAUGACAGAACACUUACCGACAUCAAAUUGAAUAAGAUAUCAGAUUUUAUUCAAAAGAGCCCAUUCAAUUAG